GCCUCCACCAUACGCAUCUUCUUUGUAGUAUUAUAUUAGUUUCAGAUCAGAGGAUUGACAUUUCUUUUAUGCUGUUUGUUAUUAUUAAACUGUACUUAGUUGCAGGUCCAUGGCUCUGAAAUCUGAAUUGUCCUUAAUGAGUUUCUGAAUUAUAUGUAACUUUCCUGUUACUGGUUUUGUCUUUAAUGCUUUGUUGGUAAAUGGGAAUUGGGGUCUCUUGUUUUAGUUGUUGUGAAGCUAGAGUUAGUCUUAUUUGUUGGUAUCAUUGAUUUUUAGGGUUUAUGGACGUUUUGCAAUUGCGUGUGGUGGUCCUUCUUGUGUUUUUGUUGUUCUUUUCCAGCAUAUUGGCUUGAUAGGUCUCCUUGUUUGUUCAAUGUGCUGUUGAACUGAGCCGUUUUGAUGGAGGAGAAGCAAUUAGAUUUCAAUGCUCCCCUUCUAUCAGUGAGGCGAUUCUCUGGAACAUCUGUGACCUCCGAAGUGGGUGACAAUAAGAGGAGUGAGAAAUUGGCAGUUCAGAAUCUCACUCCUCCUACCUAUAAAUCUGACUUAAAAUCAGGGCCAGUGAGAAAUCCUGGCACAAUUCCUUUUGUUUGGGAGCAAAUACCUGGAAGGCCCAAAGAUGGAGGAAAUGAUGGGUCACCUAAAUCUCUUGAAAGGCCACCAUUGGCACCUAAGCUUCCUCCUGGUCGAAAAUUCAAUGCUAAGAAGCCCCCUAAAGAUGAUGAAAAACCAGAAAACAAAGACAUCAUGAACGCUACUCGUCUUCAACCCAUUGAAACAUCAACUGGGUCCUAUGGCUCUUCAUUGAAAACCAACAUUAGAUCUUUUAGUACUUCGGGUUACCAUGGUGCCUCAUCAAAAACCAAUAUGAAAUCUUUUGGUAAUUCUUACAAGGAAAGUACGAAUUCCAUGGCUCUCUUGGAACGUAAGUUUUCUAACGAGGGGGGAAGUUCAGAUAUAGAGGACGACGAUGUGUUUGCAGAUGCAUUGGACACGCUAUCUCAAACCGAAUCUUGCUUCCUUAACUGCAGCAUAAGUGGUGUGAGUGCUUUGGAUGGUCAGGAUUUGAAGACCUUGGAUAAUGGGGGUUUGGAUUUAUCUACCCGGAAGUUUAUGAUAGACCGGUUUUUACCUGCUGCUAGAGCAAUGGCCUCUGAGUCUCCUCAAUAUGCUCCCUCUAGAAAGCCACAAGUUGGGAAUGAACCAGUGAGACAGGUGACUAAUAUUAGCCGAGAUGGAUCACCCUUAGUGACACGUGUUCCUAAUCAUUACUUAAUUCAAAAGCACAUUCAAGAGCAACAGGCAGGAUAUGAAGAAGAAGAUGAUGAUGAUGAUGACGACGACGGAGAUUACAGUGUGGACUCAUCUCGCAAAGUUUGUGGAUUAUUUCCUUGGCGACUAAAGAAUUCAAUAUGCCUUUUGAAUCCAGUUAUUCAUGCUCCGAGGGCAAAAACAAGCAAACAGAUGCCCUUGAGGGAUACCUCUCGUCCAGCAGAUUACCAAAUUAAGACUUCAAGUCCUGUAACACUCACACAAAGAGAGCAAGAGACAUGGGAAGCAGUAUAUCGACACAAAUUGGUUAAUGGAAGUCAAACUCAUGAAGUUGUAGAAGAUGCCAGUAAGCCAACUAGUGAUAGUGCCAGUACCCCUUCAGUGUAUGGCAAACAACCUAAUUACUCAAGUGACUCUCAAACUCCUGAUGAUAUGUCACCAUAUAGGCACUCAAUGGGCGGGAUAUCACCUUAUAGAAAUGAAGCACCCCGGUCUCCUUUUCAUGAAGGCAUGGGUUUUCUAGGCUUCCCUAAGACAGAGAAAACUUUCAAGGUCGACAAAUACUCUUCGAGCACAACAUCCCAUCGUGGUAGUGACCGAAGAUCAGGCUCACUGAGCCCUGCAGCUGAGAAGACUGUGUAUAUAGAUUCGGUUCAUGGGUUGGGGGCUUCAAAACCUGGGUCUGGUCAUUUAGAGUCCAAGGAGUUUAUUCAUUUCAGAAACAAAGGUAUGGAGAAUCAUUUAGAUUCUAAGGAGUCUAUUCAUCUCAGAAACAAAGGUAUGGAGAAUUUGAUGGACCAGAGAGUAACAGAAUCCCAAAUUUCUGAUAGCUCUAUUGAGAAAAAGCUUGAACAGAUGGUUGUAACCACAGAAGCUGAAGCAUAUCCGUCUAAUAGAUUAAGACCGAUGGAAGAUACAAUAUUUUUGGCGGAAGAAAGUGAGGUACCAGCUUGUUCAUAUCGAACAAAUUCAACAGGGCAUAGUAAAAAGAUGGAUGAUGGUGCUGAUGCUUUGAAAGUAUCAAAGCAUGGUUCUAACAAAGAAUUUAGAUCUUCAGGUCGUUUAAAGGUGCAAUUUGAAGACAAGAGGGAUCCACAUUUUCUGGAGGAUGAACCUACAAGGAAAUCCGAUGCCAGCUUAUUUGAGCCACCGCUUCCUCCUCCUUUGCCAAAAUCUCCUUCUGAGUCUUGGCUUUGGCGAACUUUGCCUUCUAUUUCAUCUUCACAUCUCUCUUCACUGCCAUCUGUUAGUUUUCAGAAGAAACAGAGGCAUGCUUUUAAGGAAUCUCCUGUUGACCCAAAGUGGGAAAGGAUUGUGAAAUCCUCUGCACCACAACGCAACCAUCUAAGAUUUUCUUCAGAGGUACAACUUGAAACCACCUGAUGGUUAAUUCUAGAGGAAAAGGUUACUAUUAUCCAUAGGAAUCUGGAAAACAAUGGGCCAUUGGAGUCAUCACUAGCUGAUGAAGUGGUGGAUGGUGAAGGAGAGGAGAGAGAGGCCAACGUUUUGGUAUCAUAUCCUGUUCUGGUGCAGUCAACUAUCUCUUUGUCACCUUCCAUCUUUUCAUUAGAUGGUCAUGCCCUGGUUGUUUUCCAUAAUAUAUUUGAUCAUUGUACACUCACCUUCUCUUUGCUAUCUAUCAAAUUACAUUGUGAUGUGUUUUUGCCCUCAAUACAGGAAUUGUCCUCGACUGUGUCCCAACAAACAGGUACUACUUGAAUAAAACAUAUAAAGCUUUAUCUAAAAACACCGGCAUCAGCAGAUGCUCAAGGUCUUAAAAUUUUAUUUCUUGGAGAGGUGAACAAACCAUGCCUUUCUGAGUUUCUUUGAUCCUGUGGCAAAAGAUAGUUGAUUUAUUUCACGUUGGUGAACUGGACCUAUCAUACCACUUCCUUUCUGUAGUCCUAAAUUCAUGUGUAGUAAUUGUAUGUUCUCUAAGCUUUGUAUUAAUCUUAAAGAAAAUAAUGUAUCAUAAGGACGAAGAGCUGGUCAAUGUCUUGUAAGAUAAUUCAAUUUUUUGAAUUGGAAAACAUGGUUGUUUUUUUGAGUUAUUAGCUUUGUUUCUUUACUACAAGGAGUACACUAAGGCCGUUUGUGCAGACUUUCAACUAAAAGAGCAAGUUUGUGGAAUAUGUACUCAUUGUGAGUGGCUUCUGAUGCAUAGAGUGAAAAAUAAUGCCAUGCCCUCACGUUUUUAGUUCCAA